CGUAUGACCUUGUUUUGUUGACGUUUAAUGAGUGCGGCUGCGCGCUUGGCCAAUGAUGUCGUCGUUGCUGACGCGACUUUUCACGGCAAAAAGAACCCACUAAACUAGCCGGUCAAUACUUUGUAUUGUUUAGUGUAGAUUUGUGAAUAGAUAGUAAGUUAACGCCAGUAAAUUCCCAACAACCCUAGACAGCGACGCGGCAACGUAUCCCGUAUGUAAUCGUCCUUGCUUGUCAUCGGACGCCGCCAGAAAGGCCAAAGAACAAAGUCGUUUAUCGGCAUUAUAUGAUCCAUCGUCCAGAGUCAGGCUUACCCUCCAUGUGGGUGAGGGAAUUGUGUGUGUCAGAUUAUGGCGAGAAAAACAGUUAGCAGGAAAAGAAAGGCAGGGGAGCCCAAGGAGCAACAACAGCUGGGCUGGUGUCAGGCGCCAUGCAAGCGGAGUCGUGUCUCUUGUUCUUCACGUCAUGCGCAGUGGUGGCGAACUCGCCAUUCAGUCGUCUGCGCCCUCCGGGGCCGAGAGUUCAGACCUCAGCAGCAGCAUGAGUUGCAGCUCCAGCGGAGCCUGCGAGGAUUUGCGGCUGGCCGGCUCCCUGGCAUCCUGAAGGAGAGGGAGUUCUCUCUUGGGCGUCUUAACAAAGUAUUUGCCUCACAGUGGCUCAACCAACAGCAGGUUGUGUGCGGGACCAAAUGCAACACGCUUUUUGUAACCAAUGUAAUGACUGGGCAGAUCACUAGGAUUCCCAUGCUCAAGGACAGGGAAUGUCAUGGUGGAGGCUCUGUGGCAGGGGUGAUGCAGAAUUACCACUCCACAGCAAGCUCUCAUUCCCGACUCGACCAGCAGGGCUGUGGCAUCCAUGCUAUUGAGAUCAACCCCUCAAGAACCCUCCUAGCUACUGGGGGAGACAACCCCAACAGCCUGGCCAUCUACAAGCUGCCCACACUGGACCCUGUUUGUGUUGGUGAUGAUGGCCACAAUGACUGGAUCUUCUCAAUAGCAUGGAUCAGUGACAGGAUGGCAGUGUCUGGUUCACGAGAUGGCUCCAUGGGUCUGUGGGAGGUAACAGAGGAAGUAAUGAGCCAGGCACAGCAUAGUCAGAGUGAAACAGCCAUGCCCUCCUAUGCCCACAUCUCCCACCGAGCCCUCGAAGACAUACCAAAGGAGUACACCGACCCAUACAAGUGUAAAGUCCGUGCUUUGGCCUUCAACAACAACCACAAAGAGCUGGGUGCCGUAUCUUUAGAUGGCUACUUCCACCUCUGGAAAGCUGAGCACACCUUGUGCAAGCUUCUGUCCACCAAACUGCCGCACUGCAAAGAGAACGUGUGUCUGGCCUAUGGGCUAGACUGGUCAGUAUACGCUGCCGGAUCUCAGGCCCACGUGUCUUUUUUGGAUCCUCGGCAGCCGACACACAGCAUAAAAUCAGUCAAUUCCAGAGAAAGGGGAAGUGGGAUCCGUUCCGUGAGUUUUUAUGAGCACAUAGUAACAGUCGGCACUGGUCAAGGUUCACUUCUUUUCUACGACAUCCGAGCUCAGAGAUUCCUCGAGAACCCUUUGAUACCAACUGGAGGGUACCGGAAGUGCUCAGGAGACGGCAUUCUCAAGCUCACAACAGGGAAAGGCUGGCUGAAUCAUGAUGAGACAUGGAGGAGUUAUUUCUCAGACCUUCAUUCUUUUCCGAACGCCGUGUACACUCACUGCUACGAUGACUCCGGCACCAAGCUGUUUGUAGCAGGUGGACCCCUCUGUUCUGGCCUCCAUGGGAACUACGCAGGAUUGUGGAGCUAGCCUUGUCAUCCUCUACAUCACCCUAUGAUGAAAUCCUUGUCCACAUUUUUUAUCCAAUGUCUGUUGGACUCAGGCGCAUGACCUUGCCACCACCAUAUCACAGCAUUGAUUAUUGUUGUGCAUCUUUGUGACCACAUUUUAACAUCCUGUUGCCCGUGUUCCUUUCGUCAUUCCACCAAGGCCACUUUUUUUUUUUUUUUUUAAUUAAACAUUUGAAGCAAUCAUUUUCAAGAGUUGCCACUGAGGAACCUAAAAGAGUUUUUUAAACCCAUAACCAACUGUUUCUUUAACAAUGACAUAGCAGUUGAGGCUAGUCUCUUAUUGGUUGGGUUUUUAGUAUGUAAGAAUAUGUUUCCGUUGCUUCUUCUGUAAGAUAUUACAAUCUCUUUGUGAAGGUGCAACGCUUUCUGACUGGAAUGAAUGUCAAUAUCACAAAAGAGGGAGAGGAAAGAGGACUGAAGAAAAACUUUGACGGACCUAACCUGUGUGCAGUUUGACUUUUGAUGGUUAGAACAUAUUCAGUUUCUGUCCCAAAACAAUCAGAAAAAAAACUUUUCCUCCAGUAUGGCAAAAUGAAGGUUGUCUAUCCCAAUCAAAAUAAGACAUUUUUGGGGAAAUAUUUGUGGCUGAAAUCAUACCGGCGAAAUGUUAAGAUCGCUAAAUACAAUGUUCUCUUGUGAUGUGACCCCUUUCUUUGAUUUGAGUGGCAUACACCUGCUGAUAUUAGUUUUGUAUGUAUUUAUUUCUCCCUUAUAUCACCCACAUUUGAUUGGCUUGGGGUGAUGACUUAAUUUUUGAAGGUGUAUUGUGUUACCCACAACCCUUAUUUUCCCUAUGUUGCCGUUCGAUAUGACCAGAAUGCUUUCUGCAGUUUUGCACACUAUUUGUGUUCAUAUACUUACAUAUGUCAAGUCUGGUGUCACGAGAGAAUUUAUACAGACGUUUGCUUUAAUAUGUAUAGUUUCUUGUCAAACUGAGCGCUUUUUAUUGAUUUGGUUAACUUGCCUGUGAUGCCGAGACCUCUCUGCGACUAGGGAAGAAAAACUGGUAGCUCUGAAAACCUUUGAACCAUCCAACUAGAAAGAUACUGAAGAUACAUUGCUUUGCUCUACCCCGGAUUUCGGUACUACAUGCAUGUGUCACAGUUGUAAAACUUAAUUUUUGUAUCAAGGAGUGAUCAUAUCAAGGAGUGAUCGUAUGAUCUUGUUUGGUAGAGGCAGGGUAGGCUUGAGUUAAGUUUUUGCCUUGCUCAGUCAAGUCUUUCUGUGAAAGACUGCCAUAGGUGAAUAGGUUUCCUUUUUCUACAUGGAACAUUUUGUGAGGACUUGAAAAGAGAACCCCCCAGUUACACCCACAGUUUGAACCAAUAACCUACACUCUUAACGUGUAUUUUAUAUAAAUGUGUAUACGUAUGUGUGGAAUACAUAAGGACCCUUGCAUACAUUUUUCUGUAUAUUUCUGAAGAAGUGUGGAUUGAUGUGUCUAAGUGAUGCCCUGUUUUUUUUUUUUUUUAUACUCAUGAAUGUUUUUACUAAGACGCAAUGUGGGGAUCUAAGCAAAAAAAAGAAAACUAGGAAAACUAGUUAUUGAGUCAU